AUCCACCGCUUUCGAGCUAUCAACGUCACGAGGCUUUCUCCUCAGACCUCCAACAUUGGAAGCGCCGUGUCUGCCUAUCACGAUCUCGUGCUCAACUUAUCCAGUCCAUCCUUUGCACGAGAGACUCUCUUUUCUGUCUGCUCGUUUGUGCGCAUCUUGCUUCGUCCGAAUUGCCCUUCAGCUAUCCCCAAAGCUAUGGCGUCCCGCAAGAAGGUCUUGCUCAAGGUCAUUAUCCUUGGUGAUAGUGGAGUUGGAAAGACAAGUUUGAUGAACCAAUACGUCAAUAAGAAAUUCAGUGCUAGCUACAAGGCCACGAUUGGCGCCGACUUUCUCACAAAAGAGGUUCUUGUGGAUGACCGACUGGUCACAAUGCAGCUUUGGGACACGGCCGGUCAAGAGCGCUUUCAAUCUUUAGGUGUCGCUUUUUACAGAGGAGCCGAUUGCUGUGUGCUUGUGUAUGACGUCAAUAACUCCAAGAGUUUCGAAGCUUUGGACAGCUGGCGGGAUGAGUUCCUCAUCCAGGCCAGCCCCCGAGAUCCUGAGAGCUUCCCUUUUGUUGUGAUCGGUAAUAAAAUCGAUGUCGAAGAAAACAGGCGAAUGAUAUCCUCGAAACGCGCAAUGACCUUUUGCCAGUCAAAGGGCAACCUCCCAUACUUUGAGACCAGUGCAAAGGAGGCUGUCAAUGUCGAACAGGCAUUUGAGGUCAUCGCUCGGAGUGCACUUGCGCAAGAAGAGGCUGAUGAAUUUAACAGCGGGGACUUUGGUGACCCUAUCAACAUCCGACUAGACAGCGAACGUGACGGUUGCGCUUGCUGAGUUAAAGGCCGCAUUUUCAUCUUACACCAAUUUUUUUGUUUUCCUUUUCCUCCUUGGGUCAGUAACUUGACCUCUGUUACCGUGGGUUUGUAUAAUGAUCCUCCAUCGGUGCUUUUGUCGUUCAGGUUUUGUUGAACAUACGGUCCGAUUAGUCGGUUCGUGCCGUUAAUCAUUGGCUUUUUUCUUGUUUGAUAUUCGCGUGGUUUAGUCCAAGACCUGCUUUCAUCUUCAGGAGUCUGGGAUAUCCCCUUUUUAUGUACGCUAUUGCCGCUUUUCAUUUAUUGAUAUCUCGAUUGUUUCCUUGCGCUCUUUAAUGCAUGCCACCGAUGAACACGAUAUAGAUUCAAUCAACUUCUUAAUUACUCA